UGGAGCUUAGCUUAGCUUUCGAGCAAGGAAAGAAGAAGCAACACUGGGCUAGGAAGCGUGUACCAUAACAACGUGGUUUUAUUGAAAUUGCCGGUGUACAUGUCCACAUUACGAAAGCUGUUUAGUAUUUACCAUGAAGCACUCAGAGGUGAAGCAACAGCAUCCCUCCCUAUAUCUAGAAGUCUGUUUCCAAAAUGAGGAGCCGCGUCUUCCGCUGCACACCUCCAUCGCCCUGUUCCUCCUGUCCUACUGCGAGUGCAAGUCUUUUAAAGUUUGCCUGGUCUUCACAAAACGUGCCAGCUCCCAGUCACUGAAGAGUCAGCUACCAGAGGCUCUGGAGCUGUCUGUCACUCAGUUGGAGGACCUGCCCCAGUUGGUGAGAGGCUGCCGUCUGCCUGCUGUUCUGGAUGAAACUGGGAAGCUCUGCAGGGCAGGGCUGGCAGUAGUCCUGAGACACAUCAUCAACAAGACCUUAGAGGCUGACCCCUUUAGAAAGGAUGUGUUGGCACUGCUGGGAUUCAAGAAGACCUGUCUGAAAGCCUGUGCUGAGGUGAGCAAGUGGACCAGACUGUGUGAAAUCGGCAUUCCCUCUGCUGUCGAAGAACACCUCAAAACCCCCCAAAAUCAAUAUCAGCAGCUGCCUCUCUCCAUCCUCACCCUAGAGCGAAGGCUAGCGGAGCCAGUCAAAGUCCACAAUGAUGACAAAAUACGGAGACAGAAACUCCAAGAGCAGAGACAGAAUGAAAAGAACGAGUCCCCUGAAGGCCAAGGGAACCCAGACUCUGAGUCUAAACCUGGAGUGUCACCUCAGGUCUGUGAUGGACUUGAGCUCAGGGCGGCUUUGGCCAAGCUGUCUGUGGAUUCAGUUCCAACUCUGGCCACCAGAGAGAACUCUGAGAUCAGGAAAGUGAAGACCACAGACCUGCCUCCGCUGGAGCACGUGUUUGCUGAAGGAUUGUACUUCACUCUGACUGAUGUGGUGCUGCUGCCAUGCAUCUAUCAGUACUUGCUUUCCCUUCAAACCCACGCUGUGAGCACUCUACAUCAGCUCCCCCACCUGCUGCGUUGGUACAGACGGGUUCAGGAGGUACCUAGAGUGCUUCAGGCAGCCGAGGCCUGUGGAAUGGUUCUUUCCGUCCCCCGAGUUCUCGCGUCCAGCCUCCCAGGGCCAUCAGCGGAGGACAACCCACGUAGCCUACUGGAGCAAGAAGAAGGCCAGGAGAUGACCGUAGAGCCCCCCUUUGUUGGAGGCCCCAGGCCCACAAUGACUAAACUUAAAGAAAAUGGCAUCGAGGCAGUCUUCGCUCCUCAUCCUUGCCCUGCCUGGACCCUCCCAUGGGACAGCUUACCAGGAGCCAUCAACCCCACUGAAGGGAAAAUGUCAAAUAUCCGUGCAGUCAGGAAGAGACAACAGCUGAAUAACUUGGUUGCCAUGGUUACGGAGCUAGCCAGGCCAGGAUACACCAUUGUGGAUUUCUGCAGUGGAACGGGCCAUGUAGGGAUUGCUUUGGCUCACACACUGCCAGAUUGCCAGAUCAUCCUCAUAGAGAACAAAGAGGAGUCCUUGGUCAGGGCCCAGAGUCGUGGCGCUGAGCUCGGUCUGAAAAACAUCGGCUUCAUUCAAGCCAAUUUGGACUACUUCACCGGACCCUUUCACAUUGGGGUUGCCCUCCAUGCAUGUGGCGUUGCAACAGACAUGGUGAUGGAGCACUGCAUCCAGGCAGGAGCCGCCUUUGUCAUCAGUCCUUGUUGCUACGGCUUCAUCCAAAACGCAAUCAAGUUCACCUUCCCCAAGAGCAAAAGGUUCCAAGAGACUCUGACUUAUAAGGAACACAUGAUCCUCUGUCGCUUCGCAGACCAAACUGCUGUCCAGCUCCCUCCUGAGAGGCGACUCAUAGGUAAACAUUGUAUGGGCCUGGUAGACUUGGACCGCUCGUGGGCAGCAGAGACUCAUGGGUACUCGGUGCAGGUAAUGACUAUGGAGCCUGAAAGCUGUUCGCCAAAGAACAACAUGCUGGUGGGAAGAGCGCAGCAAAAGAGCGGACUGGAAGCUGCUGCUAGCCAACUGGAAGCACCGGCGCAUAAUUAGGACCGCAAGCACCACUGUACAGCAUCUUCAGUGUGUUCAGGGUUUGAUAUAGUACCCAGCCUCUGUGGCUACUGUCGAAUGGUGCUCAGAAUACUGUUUUUAAUCUACCCUCAACAUUUUCUUUUAAUUUGUUUUUUACAAGCCCUUUUGUAUGAAAUGGCCUCGGAAAAUAAAACCGAUGUUUGUUUAUUAUUUCUGGACUAGCAGAAGUCAACUUCUGGAAUAUCUUUCAGACUGAAGCUAAAGGUAACCAUGCAAUGAAUGACUGUGACAAUUAACACAUGGAAGGGUGCUUUCUGAGAACUACUCCUCUUAGUUAAAUGUGCUCAAUUACUAAACACUUAGUUUUAGUAAAAGAGCUCAAGUCUCUCACCAACUGCUACGUUACAUUUGUGUCUUUGCCUAAACUGUGUGAUCAAGCUGUCAGCGUAAACAGAAGCAGCAGGAAUUACACACCCACACUGCAAAUUAAGUACGGCAUACUUACACAUGCUGUUUUUGCAAAUAGUCUGUAUACGGCCUUCUGUGAUAGAACUCAGCAGUCCGCUCCACUCUGUUGCCAGGUAUUAACAGAAGAACGAGAAAUUCAGUGCUGAAAACUCAUCUGCACUUAAAGACAAGAUGGGGAAUCAUCAUUACCUACUUCUCCGUGUGUGUUUGUGGUAGACUACGAGAGAGAGGGGGAUAUUAAAAGAGAGAAAUGGAUCUAAACUCAUAUCACAUCAGUUAAAAUAUAGAAUUUGUCAUGGUUCUAGGGAGAACUGAUUAUUCCUCAUAAAGAAUGAAUGUGAAUAUGGUAUGCAUCCCGUAAUACGUUCAGCAGCAAUGAAUAUUUUAUGACGCUGGCGAAAAGGUCAGUGUGCUUGAUUAGAUGCACACUGUUCGCAGCCUAGUAGCUGAAUAUCAUGCAAUAUGCUCCAUAUUUCCAAUCCUUUAUACUUUAGAUACACUAUAGCCCCCUUAAGCUUCCAUUCCCCUAGGUGAAAGUGGUUAUCUGUUUCUCUGAAAAAUCCCGCGUUGUCAAUUUUGACAGUGUGCUGCGGCUGCUUGAGGAAUCUGGGGAGGUAGCCUAAGAUCCAGUUUUCCUGCUCACACAGAGGGGAUGGACGCGAGCAGUGCGGGCCUUUCCAGCAUCGAGCUCAUCUGAAUUCACCCAGCAGAGUCAAUCUAUCCCGAGAUGAAUUGCCACAGACACAGCUCCUUCCAAGGACUGGAAUUAUUUCAAAAGGAGAUCUUUAUGCUUGUAGCUCUGUGCAAAAGUGCAAAUUACAAAAAUGCAUAUAGGUACAAUAGAGGAGAGAGUAGGUGGCACUACUUAAAGCUUGCAUGAGACAGAUAGGAGAAUUGUGACGUGUGGAGUUGGAUGAUUCAACCCAAACAACUGGGGCUGGAAGGUGAAAACAUUUGUUCAGACAAAAUAAGUGAGACGUCUGAGCUGUUUUGUAUGUCUCUGCUCAGUCUGUUUUUUUAUUUAUUUUUAUAAUUGAUUAGCCUUGUGGAGUCUUUCUAUGAGUACAGCAUAAAGUCAGUGAUGCACUGAGGUAGAUGCAUUCUUUUAUUGUGUAAUUAACAGAAAUCAGUAACAGCUUUAUUGCCAUGUAGGGUUUCACACCAAGGAAUAUCCACUGGUGAAAAAUUGACAUGCCAAGAUGUUUAAUUAGAGACACACUUAUGUAUCCUUUCUAUUAAACCAGUGGGCACUAACAUGUAGGUUUUCAAAAGCAGCUCUGAACUGAGCAAUUUGUUGCAGCAGAAAACCUUUAUUGUUUUACGAACUUCUGUUAAACUUUUAAUUAAAAUUAAUCUCAUCUUGGUGGCCUCCACUUCAUUACACCGGUUGUUUUUAUGGCCGUUUACCUGCAACAUAUAUGGGGUCCCUCGCCGUAUGAAUGUUUCGUUUUGGCGGGGACCUCGUUUAUGUGUUCACAGUUACCAUAACAGGCACCGAUAUAAAGCACAAUACCAGUUAAAAUGGAUACAUGGGGCCUCUUUUAACCAUUUAACCUGCAUUACCACCUUUAUUACUUUAUUGUUUUAUACCAUUGUUUAUAUUAACAAACAACGUUGAGCUUAUAGAAGUUGGGAAUAACAAUACAUUUAAUACACGCAUUUCCUAUUUGGUUGCCUACAGCAGAUCUCGGCUGCUGUUAUUUUGCACACCCUAAUAAUGUUGUUUUCUGAUUCCUGAUGCUUCUCCUACUGUCAUGUUAUAUAUCCCCAAUUUAGCAGUUCCCUGCUUAUGUUCUAUUUUUGAGUUUAUUUACUUUGGUCUGCUGUAAGCAUUGUCUGUUCAGAAUGUAACAUAAUGACUCCCUUCUCCUGUGGGGUUUAUUAAAGGAUGUGUUCACCCAAA